GGAAGAAAGAAGACUAGAGGCAAAGAAAGAGGAGCAUCCAAAUGAAAAUCUCCCCAUCAACGGCGGUUAAUUAACCUGCCCAUUCGUUUAUCUGUGGGUCUCUCAGAUCUUCGGAGCUGUGAAAUCCCUUCUUAGGAUUUGAUUCAACAGAGAGACAGAGUUGAACAACAGAGGACUCGGGGCCUUGUGGAGUAUGGAAGGGGAGCAGAAAUGGUGUGUUGUGACUGGGGGGAGGGGUUUUGCUGCACGGCAUUUGGUGGAAAUGCUCAUUCGCUCUGGGAGAUUUUCAGUUCGAAUUGCAGACUUGGGACCCUCUAUCAAGUUGGAACCGAGCGAGGAGAAGGGACUACUUGGUGAGGCUCUGCAGUCUGGUCGUGCUGAAUAUGUAUCUGCUGACCUUCGAGACAAGGCUCAAGUGCUUAAAGCAUGCCAAGGAGCUGAGGCUGUUUUCCACAUGGCUGCUCCAGAUUCAUCCAUUAACAAUCACCAGCUCCAUCAUUCAGUCAAUGUGCAAGGAACAAAGAAUGUAAUUGAUGCCUGUAUUGAGCAAAAAGUAAAGAGACUUAUCUAUACAAGCUCUCCUAGUGUGGUUUUUGAUGGGGUUCACGGAAUAUUUAAUGGGGACGAGUCACUGCUGUAUCCAGAUAAGCACAAUGAUUCAUAUUCGGCAACUAAAGCUGAAGGAGAGGCAUUGGUGACCAAGUCAAAUGGUACUAAUGGACUUCUGACAUGCUGCAUACGUCCAAGCAGCAUCUUUGGCCCUGGCGAUAAGUUGUUGGUUCCGUCUUUGGUUAAUGCUGCAAGGGCUGGGAAAUCCAAGUUCAUCAUUGGUGAUGGCAAUAACAUGUAUGAUUUCACUUAUGUUGAAAAUGUGGCACAUGCCCAUAUAUGUGCUGAACAAGCUCUGGCUUCAGAAGGGAAAAUUGCAGAGCAAGCUGCAGGGCAGGCAUACUUUAUAACCAAUAUGGAACCAAUCAAGUUUUGGGAGUUUGUCUCACUUAUUCUUGAAGGUCUUGGCUAUGAAAGGCCAAGAAUAAAGAUCCCUGCCUUGGUUAUGAUGCCUAUUGCACACAUGGUGGAGUGGACCUAUAAGAUGUUAGCCCCAUAUGGUAUGAAGGUUCCUCAGUUGACCCCUUCAAGAAUUAGGCUCCUCUCUUGCAGCAGAACUUUUUGUUGUUCAAAAGCGAAGGAUCAACUUAGCUACACGCCCAUUGUAUCACUCCAGGAGGGUCUAAGGAGGACAAUUGAUUCAUACCCAGAUUUGAGAGCUGAACGUCUACCUAAAAGAGAGGGACCAUCUAAAGCUUCCAGAUAUCUUGGAAGUGGAAGAGUGGCUGACACACUUCUGUGGAAGGAUAAAAUGCUGGCACUCACCACAUUGUUAGUUUUGAUGGCGUUUUACUACAACUUCAUUGCAUCUGGCUAUACCAUCGUCACUGCAGUUUCAAAACUUUUCUUGGUGGCAUCAAUAUUCUUGUUCAUCCAUGGCAAUUUACCUGAGAAAAUAUUGGGGUAUACGGUUGAGAAAAUUCCUCCAUCAAAUUUCCAUUUCUCAGAAGAGAGGUCACAUCGAGCUGCUCUCUCAGUAGCUUCAUCAUGGAAUACUGCUGUAAAUGUUUUAAAAUCUCUUUGCAAGGGGGAUGACUGGAUGCUAUUCCUUAAGGUUGUUCUCUCCCUAUUGAUUCUCAGCUUCCUUGGAGCUAUUUCACUGCAAAGCUUAUUUGUUACAGGGCUUCUAAUUGCCUUUGUAGCUUUCUACAUCUAUGAGAACAAGGAAGAAGAAAUUGACAGACUGGCUUCAGAAGCUCUCUCCUUCAGCUGCAAAUUGAAAUCUGAUAUAGCCAAAAAAUUACCUACCUUCAAGAAAUUCAGUCCUAGUCGGUAAUCAAAGCCUUCUUUGCUAUGAAUUGGCUUCAUUGUUUCCAUUUUCAGCUUGCUUGGACCUGUUAACCUGGUUUUUCAGACGAUUUGAAAUGCGGGUAUUGAUGAUAUGCUCAUAUCUAGCUUGGUUUUUUGUUACCUUUUUUAAGGUGUUCGAUUCAGGUUUUCUGAUCCAAUGGCUGUGUAAACCUCCAGUUGUUCUUUCUGUCCCAUUCUUGUUUUCUUGAAUUUAUCCAUCUCUUCUAAGCCUAUAGAUGUUUUGUUUUGAUUCAAUUUCUUUCAGGUUUCAUUGCAUUUUCUUCUGGGAUAAUGUACCAUUUCUGUUUGUUUCAAUGGAAAACAGUGCCCGGAAAAUAAUCGAGAAGCUUUUACAUUUUGGCGCUC